UCCAAGGAAAAUGUAGUCCCUGCUAUUGAAAUUCGCUCUCAAGAAUGUUUACCACCAAGUUCGUAUAAAGCUCUCAAAUGCUGUUGUGGUAAAGUGUGUAAAGGCGCUCGGGGGUUAAAAAUGCAUCAGCGUAGUUGCAGAGUAAUUGAUGGCAUAGAGGAGGAAUUACAACAACAAAUGACAGACGCUUUAAAUGACCAAGUAUGCGAGGACAGCGUUAAAUCAGUAGAGGACGUAAUAUCGUGUUUAAAUUCUCAAGAAAGCUACCCUGAUUUGAAGAAAGGAAUAAAACUGCCUAAAUCUCCUAUACCGUGGUCAAAUGCUAACGACUUUUUUCAAUUCACUCUUUCAAACCAGACAAUUACAACGCAAGAAAUCAGUAAAUGCAUCAAUACCAUGACAACAGUAAUAUACAAUUACUUCAGUGAAAAUUAUGGGUUUGUUGAUAUCAACAAUAAUAAAGUAUUUGAGUCGAAAUAUAAAUCAGCUUCAGCUAAAGAUCUAAAAAAAGUCUUAAAAAAAUUAAAGUCGGACAAUGGCAAUCUAAUGGAAAUCAAAUUUGUUGCUAAAAAAUUGCGUAAUAGUCUACGUAGAGCUGACACUGACCAACAACAUGCUGAUAUCAACGCGUCAGAUGAAAUUGAUCACAAUGAGUUAAUCAAUAAAAACUUUUGGGGUUAUGUUAAAAACAUUUUCACGAAAAAGUCAGAUUCACUACCAACAUUUCAUCUCGCACAAUGCACAGCAUAUUUUACAAGAAUAUUUUCCGCAGUUAUUCCAAAUAAAAUUUUCAACAUUCCCAGUUGGAUUCCUAAAUUUAGUUCCCCGACAACACCAUUUAAUCUUGACCCUCCCACCUAUAAUGAGAUUAAAUGGUGUUGUCGGAAGAUGAAACCGUCUGGUUCUCCGUGUCCUCUUGACCAAAUAUCUGUGAUAUGUCUGAAACGCUGCCCAUAUUUGAGAACUUAUUUAACAGAAAUUAUCCAAGCUGCCUGCUCCUCUGGUUCUGUUGCAUCAGAAUAG